AUAAAUGUCGUCGACUCGAAGCACCUUAUUAUGUGUUUUUCUAGUCCUCAUACUGAAAUACUCAGAAUCAGCGACGCCUCAAGCUUACAGAAGAGAUCCAGGACAUCCUCAAUGGCACCACAGUGCUUUUCAAGACGUCAGAGACAGUGUCCGAUCUGAUGUUCAUCGUAUGCUCCAUUCACGGGCCGAGGUUCCCUUCCAAGUCCCACUUGAAGUAAAUGUUAUCCUCAUCGGUUUCAGUGGAGAUGGGGGCUAUAGAUACACACUAGAUUCCCAAAAAUUGCAAGAGUUUCUUCAAGUUGGCUUUCCUUCUCACAGGCCCUCGUGUUUGGAGACAGGCGAGCCCCUUGAUAUUGACCAUCACAUGGUGUUUAAUGCAAUUCCAGCUGCUCAGCCAGAAGUGAUAGCAUUAGAAAAGGCUCUGAAAGCAGCCAUGGUUCCUGCUGGUACCGCCAGAGAGGCUGAUUUUGGAAGACUAGUGCCAGCAUUUGAGGUCAAUGCAGCAGAUGUCGAGCCCGAAUUUCAGAAGCUAUACUCCUACCUGUUUUACUUUGAGAAUAUAGGAUAUUCUGCCGAAGAGAUUGACAGACCCAUGCCAACUGCAAUAUUUAUUGUGAAUUUUGAUAAAGUUAGAAUGGAUCCUAGGAAUAAGAAUAUUGAUCUUGAUAGUUUAAUGUAUGAAAGGCUUGGUCAGUUAACUGAAGAAGAUAUCAAGAAACAAGAGGGAGGUUACAUUUAUCGAUAUCGUUACAAUGGAGGAGGAGCAUCUCAAGUUUGGCUUGGUUCUGGGAGGUUUGUCGUAGUUGAUAUCUCAGCAGGCCCAUGCACAUACGGGAAACUUGAAACUGAAGAAGGGAGUGUUAGUUCAAGGACCAUACCCCGCUUGCAGAAUGUGAUGUUGCGUCAAGGCUCUACAGCUGCUAAUCAAUUUACCACACAUGACAACUUUGUGGGUCAGCUUGCUGCUUUGAUUAGGAUCACAGUUGAGCAUCUUGUUGCUCCGGAUGUCAGGUUUGAAACUGUAGAUCUAGCAAUGAGGUUGCUUAUACCAAUAAUUGUCCUACAAAAUCACAAUCGCUAUAAUAUCAUGGAAAAGGGUCAUACCUACAGUAUCAAUGUUGAUGCAAUUGAGGCUGAGGUUAAGAACAUGAUACACAAGGGAGAAGAAGUAGUGAUUGUCGGGGGUUCACAUUUAUUACAUCUCCAUGAGAAGUUGGCAAUUGCUGUUUCAAAAGCUGUGCGUGGUCAUUCCCUGCAGGAAACAAAAAAGGAUGGACGUUUCCAUGUGCAUACAAAGAUGUAUCUGGAUGGUGCCAUCCUUAAAGAGGAAAUGGAACGAUCUGCUGAUGUACUAGCUGCUGGGUUACUUGAGGUCUCUGACCCAUCCCUUUCUGAUAAAUUUUUUCUCCGCCAGCAAUGGAUGGAUGAGACAGAUGGUCCGAUUGAUUCCAUUUUGAAGCACAAACCUAUUCAGGCUCAUAACCCUAAAACUAGGGGGAAGAAAAAUAAAGGAGUGCCAAAGAAACAAGGGGACUUGCACCGGACUUAUGGAACUAGAGUGGUCCCUGUCUUUGUUUUAUCAUUAGCUGAUGUGGAUCCGCAACUUAUGAUGGAAGAUGAAAGCCUUUUGUGGACAAGUAACGAUGUUGUUAUUGUACUUCAGCAUCGAACUGAAAAAAUACCUUUAAGUUAUGUCUCCGAAACAGAGAGAAUGCAUGUUAUUCCAUCCCAAGUGCAGCGUCAUAUAGUGGCUGGACUAGCUUCUGCUGUGGGUGGAUUGAGUGCACCAUAUGAGAGGGUUUCUCAUAUUCAUGAAAGGCCUGUUGUGAAUUGGCUCGUCGCAGCAGGUUGCCAUCCAUUUGGACCGUUCUCUAAUGUUUCCAAGCUUAGUCAACUGCUUCAGGAUGUUACAUUGAGGAAUACAAUAUAUGCACGUGUGGAUUCUGCUCUUCGUAGGAUUCGAGAAAUGUCGGAGUCUGUCGAAGCUUUUGCUGGGGAGUAUCUGAGAACCCCUCUGGGUGAACCAGUGAAGGGUAAAAAGAACAAGACAACCACUGAACUUUGGCUGGAGAAAUUCUACAAAAAGGAAACAAAUUUGCCUGAACCGUUUCCUCAUGAACUAGUCGAGCGACUUGAGACAUACUUGGAUAGCCUUGAGGAACAGCUUGUAGAUUUGUCUUCACUCUUGUACGACCAUCGUCUACAAGAUGCAUACAUGAACAGUACUGAUAUUCUUGAAAGCUCCAUAUUCACACAGCAGUAUGUCGACCAUGUUCUGGAGAGUGAAAGGAAACGAAUGAAAUGUUGCAAUAUCGAGUAUAACCAACCAACACACUCUUCUCAAAGCCUCAUUUAUGCCGUGAUCCUCCUUGCAGGUUUCUUUGUGUAUUUUGUUGUCAUUUUCUUUUCAUCUCCUGUCAGGUGAUUACAGUAGCAAGUAACACCCCAACUCAUAUUUCAUCCAUGGCUCAACUGCAUCCAAAAG